UGUGCUAAAUAGCGGCAGCCCCACGGGGAAAACACUCAAUCCAACCAAGGACAAUUUGCGCAGUUCGGAAGGAGAUAAAAAAAACUGACGCGCCUUUGAGAAGCUGAUGUCCUGAUCAUCGCGCUCCCUCUCAUGCGAGGUUGGCAACCGCUCCAGAAGCUUCUAGAAGCCGCCGCGGACUCCUCUACCCCGGUCGCCGCCGCCCGCCUCCACGCCCACCUCCUUCGCUCGGGCCACCUCCACUCUUCCCACCACCUCACAUCCCACGUUCUCGCGUCCUACCCUACCGGCCUCGCUCGCCACCUGUUCGACGAAAUCCCCGUCCCGACCCCGCGCCUUGCCAAUGCACUCCUCCGCGCCCAUGUCCGAGCGCGCCAGUGGUGCGACGCGCUCCUCCUCAUCCCGUGCCUCCGCGUCCGACCGGACGCCUUCACGCUGUCCCUCCUGCUCAAGGCCUGCGCCAUGCUCCCCGCCCUCGCCCAUGGCCGCGCCCUGCAUGCGCUCGCCAUUCGUUCCUGCACUGCGUACACUGAUGCCUUUGUGGCCGCCGCGCUUGUGCAUAUGUACGCGAAAUGCAGGGGCAUGGUCGGUUCGAUCAACGCCUACAAUGCGUUUAGCGAACCGGACAUGGUUCUCCGGACUUCCAUGGUGACGGGGUACGAGCAGAACAGAAUGGCGGCGGAGGCACUGGAGUUCUUCUCAAGGCAUGUGGUCGGCCAAGGUUUCAUGCCGAGUCCAGUUACUCUUGUGAGUGUGAUCUCAGCAGCAGCACAGUUGAAGGAUGUCCUAAACGGGCAGGCCUGCCAUGCAUUUGUUAUCAGGAACAACUUUGAGUAUGACUUGGUUUUGGUGAAUGCUAUUCUUGGAUUUUACAUGAGAAUUGGAGCAGUACAAGCUGCAAGGAGGUUGUUCGAGGGAAUGACUGAGAAAGACGUUGUCACAUGGAGCUGUAUGGUCACAGGAUAUGUACAAUCUGGAGAUAUCUGUGAAGCAUUGACUGCAUACAAGAAGAUGGUUGAGGCAGGAAUUAAGCCCAAUGCAGUGACCGUUGUGAGUGUUGUGCAGGCUUGUUCGCUUGCUCCAGAUAUUGAAGAAGGUAGGAGGGUGCAUGACAUCGCUGUUAAGAUAGGGUGUGAACUUGAGAUGACAGUUGCAACUGCACUAGUUGAUAUGUACAUGAAGUGCUCAUGUCAUGAGGAGGCAAUGCAGUUAUUCUGUCGGAUGUCAAAGAAAGAUGCAGUGGCUUGGGCAGUGGUCAUUAGUGGUUUUACCCAAAAUGGUCUCCCUGAUGAGUCGAUGCGAGUGUUCAAAUGCAUGUUGUUUGGUGGUCCUUUCCCUGACGCUGUCACUAUGGUGAAGGUACUUGCUGCAUGCUCGGAAUCUGGUGUUAUGCGCCAAGCCUUUUGUCUUCAUGGAUAUUUGGUUAUCACCGGCUUCUGUGAUAAGAUAUUUGUGGCAGCUGCACUCGUGGAUUUGUAUUCAAAAUGUGGAAACUUGGGUUGCGCUGUCAGGGUAUUUGAAAGUGCCAUGGAAAAGGACGUUGUGCUAUGGAGCUCGAUGAUCUCAGGUUAUGGAGUCCAUGGACUCGGGCAGCAAGCUGUCGAAUUAUUCCAGAUGAUGGUUGCCUCUUCAGUUAAACCUAAUAGCCUGACAUUUGUUUCAGUGUUAUCGGCAUGCAGCCACUCUGGACUUGUGCAGGAAGGAAAGCGCAUCUUUGAAAGCAUGACCCAAGUUUAUGGAGUUGUGCCAAAUGCAGUGCAUCAUAGUGCCAUGGUUGAUCUCCUUGGCCGAGCUGGCGAAUUGCAAGAGGCAGCGAAGCUCCUUCAUGGAAAUGGGAGAGCUGAUGCUCAUACUUGGUGUGCCUUGCUUGCUGCCUGCAGAGCACAUCAUGACACAGAGAUGAGUGAAGUGGUAGCUGCCAAACUGCUCAAGCUGGAUCCUGACCAUGCUGGCUACUAUAAUCUCUUGAACAAUAUAUACACGUUUGAUGAAAAUUGGAGCAGUGCAAAAGAGAAUAGGAACAUUAUCAGAGAUAGAGGUUUGAAUAAAGUACCUGGUUGCAGUGCAGUAGAGCUCAAUAAUGUAAUGCAUACAUUCACUGCUGGGGAGAGGCCACACAAGGAUUGGGAGAAGAUUUCUAGAUUGCUCAGGGAGUUUUCACGAACAUUGAAAGGCGGGGAUUGUUUCUUUCAGUUGGACAAUCACUUGGUAUUUGAAGAUUUCUGAUCUUCUCUGAAUUGAAAAAUAGUAUUUGAAUUCACUUCACUUGAUGGUGGAUUUCUAGAAGAAACUGAUGAACAAAACAGGAUAUGUGAGGUAGGUGGAACCAUAUUGGACAAUGUGUUUGUUCUGGUCCAUGAGCAGUCAGAUGGUGACUAUUUGGUUCUUCUCUGGACAAAAAUGAGUUUAUGGAUAGAAGCUCCAACGCUUCUGCAGAGAAAAUUGAUCUACAGUUCUCAGCACCUUGUACAUGAUGUACAUCCUAAAUUCAACAGUUCCCCUUGCUCCUAUGUUUGGUCCGCAGGCUCUGAUUAACAGGUACUGAAACCAUUUAUGAUACUCCACUUUUGCUAUGUUUAUUUGUUCUGUUAGGUGCGGUUAAGAAUAGCACAAUGCAGUUGAAUUAACCUCCCCAUAAAUCAUCUAAGAACUCCUUACCCUUUGGGGACUAGCUUGGCAUCAUUUUACGUUUGUUGUCCUAUGCAGCAAUUCUUGUAUCACCCCGAACACUCUGAUUAAUGGAUUUAUUACUGAUAUAAUUAACAAA